AUAUAGAAAGAAUAAAAGGGAAAGUGUGUUAGUAUUUAAGGAAGUCCGGAGAGGCAGAGAAGUACACAAGGUGGUGCACAAUGUGUAUGUAGAUGGACAGAUGGAGUUGAGGUGUGCAGUCAGAAUGGCAAAUGGGUUCAGGAGGCAUGUGAGGUUACAUCGAGGGUAUACUUUUUGUUUAUGACUUUAACAAUAAGAUUUGACCUGUAAAAUUUGUCAGACUUUUCCACCUGUAGUUAGCUCUCAAAAAAUUAUAGGUCUUGCUAGGGUUUAUUAUUAUUAUAUUAUUAUAUAAUUAUUAUUAUUUGAAAAGAGUGACAAUUAUAUGGCAUUAACUUAAGUUACUGUGUUUGCAUUAAAUCAAAGAACAAUAGUUUUCAUUUGGUGUUCCUGGGUAAAGCUUGGGUCUGAGCACAGUAGCAGUCCUACUGGUAAUGGACGUCCAAAUAAGAUAAUGAAAGAUAUCAAUAUUUAAUUGAAUGAAUUCAUAACGUCAGUUUCAAUAAUGCAUCUGUUGAUGUCAGUCAACUUUCAGAAUAAUGUUUGCUGCUUCACAUUUGUUCUUCCGUUCAUUUUGUCACCCAGAGAGACAGCGUUUCCUCUCAGCUCUGUGAAAUGUGGUCAAAAACAAAGCAGGUGGUCACGAGCUGAAGUCCAUAUGUUCAAACUUUUAUUAGGACUCUACAUGUUUGGGAUUAACUGCAACUGUGUUCCCAGCUGUAUCUACAAUCGCGCUUGCUGUUUGCGAUAAAGACAGGGAUCCAUAGCAUAAUGAUUGCAGGGGAGAGAGGGUGAGUCGGGGUGAGUCUGUCCUCUUCAGAUAUAGCAGCAGGUGAUGCACUCUGUGUACAAACCCCCUGCUGUUCCCGUGCAGUGCAGGCACAUGUUUAUUGAUGCGGUCGGAUGCCCCUGAGCGCACAACUGAGAGAAACAACCUCCAUACAAAAUACUCUGUGAGCAGACGACAGAUGAAUAAACAGGGAACAAUGGCUGUGGAAAACUGAAAAAGCGCUAGAAAAAGCAUGCAAAAUAUUGACGUCUCUAACUGACUUGAAACUGGUGCUAAAUAAAAGUCAGGGAACGAGAGCAGCUGUCAGUCUGUUGGAGAGGCUGUUGGCAUCAUUCCAUCAACCUUGAUUAGAUAAGGGUUUCUGAGCUCAGGAUUAACGUCAUAUCUUUUUGCACUGUGUCUCUAAUGAAACAUUGGUUUGAGAUCAAUGUCUAAUGGCAACUGAAAUCAAGUGUCACUUCUCUGGGCUUUGUGGCUACUCAGUACUGUUUUAGAAAAAAGAAAAAAUCAAAAACAAAUCAAUGAAGCAGACUCAACUCGUCAUACCAUAGACUCCAGAACCUGUAAUUUUGUUCUGUCAAACUGUCAAACUCCUGACCUAAAAACUUAUUUAGACAGGAUUUAGUUUUGAGCCCAUUUUAUAUCUGUGAAAUGAGUUUUUCACUUUGGCACAUGUAGCAUUAUCAUAGUUAAAAAAAAAAACAUUAUAAGAUUGUAAAUAUUGCCUUAAGGAAAUGGGUGCUGUCAGCAACAACAUUCUUAGACGCUCUGUCAUUCAAAUAAUAAUUAAUGUAUAUUUAGGACCACUAACAAUUACCAAUAUAUUGCCUAAUCUUGAACAUACUUUAUGUCAUUUUGGAUGAUUAAUUUAAAAAAGAAAUAACCCCUGUGUUGCCCUAUAACCCUACCUACAUCUUGAACUUCAAAAGAUCAAGUGUUUCCACAAAAACUGUAUUGUUAUCGACAGCAUAGCUCUGCUUGACCUCCACUAAUUCCACUUCUACCUUCCACUAAUUUUACCUGCUUCAAAAGAAACUCUCUUGACUACAAGUGGUUACGACCAGACCUAAUUAUAUCCUCAAUUCAUGCUCCUGAACCAGUAACUUAUUUUUUCAAGAAUGACAGCAGCAGUCCUAAAUUAAGUACAAACCACUAGUAGAACUAGGACACUAUAUCCACGACUGACACUGAGCAGAAGUCAGUCUCCUUCAUCGAAAAAGACUGACGUGAUCACUUGUUUUUAAGCAGUGAUGAUUGAAGGAGGUGUAGAGCUGGUCCGUCUGUCCCUGCGCUCUCAGGCUCUCCCCUCACCUCCCUGCUGUGUUUUGGAGCUCACACCUGAAGUGACAGAGGAGGAGAGAAACCACGAAGCUCUGAUGAAGCUCUGCGCACGGAGCUGCUCAGCCACUCUCUCCUCCUGUGGUGCGACUGCACCGCACACUUGGACAACAAGUCACCAGGCGAACAUCGAGGGAGAGGGAGUGCGCACGUGUGACAGGCUCUGAGGCUUCGUAUUUAUACCACUCGCUCAGAGCGCGGGAUCUCUCCACCGGGAUCUGCCUUCUUUUUUUUUUAAGAGAAAGAAAAUCAUUUUUUGAAACAUCACACGCCUUCUGCGCCGCCAGCGGAUCGUCACAGCACCAUGCGAGCAGGAGAGACGCGCCCUGUGCCAUGCUGCACCGCUCUCCGUCCCUGCUGCUGGCUAUCACCGCUGUGGCCGCACUCCUCCAGCGAUGCCAAGGCUGGAGCGACGAAGAUCUUCUUCUGCCGCCCAUCAACUCCUCCAACAGGUUCCUGGCCAACCUGGAGGUGGACGUGCGCUUCUCCAAGAGGUCCGUGGAGGAGAGCGAUGCCUCAGCCGACGCCUCCUCCCUGCAGACUCCGUCCCAGUGCAACGUGAGCGUCCAGAGGCUGCUGCCCACCUCGCUGGUGGCCCGCUGGGACAGCAGCUUCGGCUUCCAGUGUGAUGUGCUCAUCUACACCACCAACAACCACGGAAGGGCUUUCUACUCCGCAUCUUUCAACAGGGCCAUCUCUCCCGUCGUCAUCGAACACCUCGGGGUCACCGGUGGUCAGCAGGAGAUGCGGCUGUGCGUUGGAUGCGGGAUGUCCCGCUUUCGCAGGUUUGGUCAGGCCAGGGCCAGGGGCCAGCAGACCGGGGACCAGGUCACUUUCUGCUGUGUGGAUUUCAGCCUCGAUGAGCUGAAGGGGGACAAAAGUUGGAGGCUGAACAGAAAGCCCAUCGAGUCCACACUUGUGGCUUGUUUCAUGACUUUGGUCAUCAUUGUGUGGAGUGUUGCUGCUCUCAUAUGGCCGGUCCCGAUCAUUGCAGGAUUUCUGCCCAAUGGGAUGGAACAGAGGAGACCGAGAUGACUUAAAUAAUAUUUUAUUUUAAUUAGCCUGUGCUGCCUAUACUAUGAUUGUAGCCAUUCAACUGCCCACAGGAGAAGGUUUUGGAGAGUGAAAUAAAGCCUCUUAUUUUUGCUGUUUUUUAAAGGAGGAUUCAAUACAUGGCUCUGUUGUUAAAGAUUACAGUGCAUUGUCUGCAGGAAAAUCAACAAAACAACCUGAUCCUGGCCCUGUUCUUUUCUGUGAGUCCAACACUGCAAUAUAAAGCAGAUCCAUCAAGGCAGAGUUUUAUAGCUUUCUUUUGCCUCUUGCAUGCAUAAAGAACAUGUUUCUUUAGGACACUACCAUCUGUGAUCAGUUCAGCAAUUCUCCAAAGAGCAGCACAAAUUGCAUAGUACCCACAUAUCCAUAUGAUAAAAGAGAAAAUAAGAAACUUUGUCAUCAGCGUGGUGAAAUUGAUCAUGUCACACACUUGUCAAUUUUAUUUGGUCUUUUAUCACUCAACAACACUUCACUCAGAGAAGAAGAGGUAUGUGACGGCGUAUGCUGUACUACACUACACAAUUGUUUACUGUUCUUUUGCAGUGACGUUAAAAGCAAUAUUGAUAAGAAAUAGGUCUGUGCUGCAUAGGACUUGUAAUGAUAUUUUGAGGUUAUUUUGAGGUUGAAUAACAGUCUAUAGGUUUGCCUUCAGUGGUUAGCUUUGUAACAGCCAGGCGUUGGUCAAAAUGGAUCGGUUCACCCAGUCAACAUUAGACUGUAUGCUCCCCUUUUUUUCCUGCUAACAGUACUCUGUGUCAUCAAACAAGAGCAGUACAUUUUAAAAACUACCACAUUCCUCCUUUAAUAAACAUCCUUUUUGGAUAACCAAGGUAAUGAAUGGAGACUUAUACUAGCCAAUAUUAUUCUAUAGUGGGACCAAUGUGUUUUAUAUAACCUUGUAAGCCUUCCUAUAGAUUACGUGCACACUCCUCUCUUUAAACUGUGUUUGUAUAGUUUUUAAUCUUUCUAGAAAGUCUUUGCCUUAUCUGCCUUGUGUAGGACUUUUGCACUAAAAACUGAACUUUAAGAUAUGUUGUCACAUGUGAGGUUAACCAACUAUAUUCAUGUUAAGAAUGUGUAAUAGUUUUUUCGGUACCUUAAAAUAAUAUAAGUGUUGUUUAUGAUUGACAUAUACAAAGUGUUAGAUUUCUAAUGUCAUGUUUAUUUGUGCCUAUUUGUAGGUUAUUCGUGUUAAAAUAAAAAUAAAAUUGAU